AUGCCGUCACCCAGUCAGAGCAGUAACACUGGAGCUGGCUCGCCAUGGGAGACAGCAGGCUACAUCCUAAUCGUCGCCGUCGUCGGCCUGAUAGUCGGUAUGUGCUUUUUGUGCGCCAACCGCAAGGCGCGAGCAAGUGCUCACGACAUCGAGAUGGGGGCGAUGCGCAACAAGCUCCAGGAGGCCGCCAAAACGACUGAGGAGCACAGCUCCGCGCUCCAGAUCAUGGAAGUGCACCUCCAAGACACCCUCCAGCACGUGGCCUACCGCGCCCGGGUGGAGGAGAUCAUGAACAGAAAGGUUUUUGAGCUCCAGCGCAAGGUUGACUCACUCCAAGCUGCCAACCGCGCCCUGACCGGCCAAGACGACUUUCAGGAGAACGAUGGCCGGGCUGGCGACCACGGUCCGGUCGAGCUCAACUCGCGCUCCGUCAUUGCUGAUAUUGUGCUUGCCCAUGGUCCCGUUGGCUCUGCUCACGAUGCUCCUCGCUCGCUUGAGGAUGAGCUGGCCGCGGCCGAGUUUGACGAAUAUCUUGAGUAUCCUUUUGCUGUCGGCGACAAGAUGUUUUCUUCGACUGAAUGCUUACCAGACGAUUGCGAUAUCGACGAUUCCGUGAGCGAUGUGUCGACGCUGCACGGGGGCGAGAUGAGAAUCGAGCCCGACAGUGACUCCGUUAGCAUCUUGUCCCAGUAUCACCGUGAUUCGGCCAUCGUGGAAGAAUUCCAGCCGGUGACGAUUGCCCAUGCGCAGGCGCAUGCAAUCGUUGUUUCUGGCGAUCGCUAG